AUGGAAGACGUGGCUUCCCUGAAUCAAGAGAAAGAAAACCAAGAACUGGAGGAAGUAGUACCACCAUGGGAAGACAUGACAGCAGUUUCUUCCAAGGAUCCUGAGCCAGAAUUAUUACAGCCCUUUGAGUCAGAGCUGGGGAUGGAAUCUGAGUCCCAGGGCAGGAGCAGUACUCCUCCAAGCCCCCAGGCUACAGUCGGCACAUCUCUGGAUGAAGUGGCAGGACCUGGUGCACUGUCUCCACAUUUCCCUCUAAAGGAGGGCUCUUCCAUGCCUUCUCCCCUGGCCCUGGACAGGCAGGACUUUGCAGCACCAUCACCAGCACAAUCAGACAAGAAGCCUAGUGUGAUUCCUGAGAGUGUGCCACAGCACUCUGACCAUCUGGAACAAUCAUCUGAUGCAAUGAAGGAAAACACCUUUCAACAGUCUCAGCUUCCUGAGCUUCACCUGUUUGAAGAGCCAAGAGAAGCGGGCCAUAACAACUUUAAACAAAAAGAACUGCGAUUUGACUUUUUAGAGGAGGAAGACUCAAACAGCUACUAUGAUCUGAGUCAACCUGAGCCUGGGGCCUGUGAACUGGUCCCGAGCAUGCUUGAUAUUGCCAUUCAGAAUGCUAAAGCUUACCUUCUGAAGACCAGCAGCAGUUCGGGCUUAAAUCUAUAUGAUCAUCUUUCUAAUAUGCUGACCAGGAUCUUAGAUGAGCGUCCUGAAAAUGCUGUGGACAUCAUUGAAAAUAUUAGCCAAGAUGUAAAGAUGGCUCAUUUUAGUAAAAAAUUAGAUACACUUCAAAAUGAGAAUGAAAUGCUUCCAGCAUAUGAAAUAGCAGAGAAGCAAAAAGCACUUUUUCUCCAGGGUAAUUUGGAAGGAGCUGACCAAGAACUGGAAGAGGAAAUAGUAGAAAACUGUCUUCCAAAUGUAAUGGAGUCAGCCUUUUAUUUUGAACAAGCUGGAGUUGGUUUGGGCACAGAUGAGACUUACCGAAUAUUUCUUGCCCUCAAGCAGCUUACUGAUACCCACCCAAUACACAAAUGUCGUUUCUGGGGCAAGAUCUUGGGUAUGGAAAUGAAUUAUAUUGUCGCUGAAGUGGAAUUUCGUGAGGGAGAAGAUGAAGAGGAGGUGGAAGAGGAAGAUGUAGUUGAAGAAAGAGAUAACGGAGAAAGUGAAGCUGGUGAAGAUGAUGAAGAUGAGUUACCAAGGUCCUUUCACAAGGCUCCCCAGGCUAUACCAAAAGAAGAAAGUAGAAUGGGUACCAACAAAUAUGUUUAUUUUGUUUGCAAUGAACCAGGAAGACCAUGGGUGAAAUUACCAUCAGUCACACCUGCACAAAUUGUUAUUGCAAGAAAAAUCAAGAAAUUUUUCACUGGGCGGUUGGAUGCUCCCAUCAUAAGCUACCCUCCUUUCCCAGGAAAUGAAAGCAACUACUUGCGUGCACAAAUUGCCAGAAUUUCAGCAGGGACCCAUGUUAGUCCUCUAGGAUUCUAUCAGUUUGGUGAAGAAGAAGGGGAGGAAGAAGAGGAGGUGGAAAGUGGACGAGAUAGCUUUGAAGAGAAUCCUGACUUUGAAGGUAUCCAAGUCGUUGACCUAGUGGAAUCCCUGUCCAAUUGGGUUCAUCAUGUGCAGCAUAUUCUCCCUCAGGGGCGCUGUAAUUGGUUCAACCCCAUACAAAAAAGUGAGGAGGAGGAGGAGGAGGAAGAUGAAGAGGAAGAAGAAAAAGAAGAUCCAGAUUAUUUUGAGCAGGAAGUGGGGCCUCCUCUUUUGACACCAAUCUCUGAAGAUUUAGAGAUCCAGAAUAUACCACCUUGGACAACCCGGCUCUCCUCCAAUCUCAUUCCUCAAUAUGCUAUUGCAGUCCUUAGAUCCAACCUUUGGCCUGGAGCAUAUGCCUUUUCCAAUGGCAAAAAGUUUGAGAAUUUCUAUGUAGGCUGGGGCCAUAAAUAUAGCCCAGAUAACUAUACACCCCCAGCACCACCAGCAGUUCAACAAGAAUAUCCCAGUGGACCAGAAAUUACAGAAAUGGAUGACCCAAGUGUGGAAGAAGAGCAGGCUUUCCGGGCCGCACAAGCAGCUACUGAACUCCCAGUUGAGGAAAAUGAAGAAACUGAGGAAGAGGAAGAUGAGGAAGAUGAUUAUGAUCAGUAA